GUAUAACGCACGUUUUCAAACUGAACAACCCGGCAAGUAACCUUGAAACAACGUAAAUAACAUUGCUCCUUUACUAGUAGAAAUUUGUUCAAUACUUAUUAAAAAUGACGCUCGAUAAUUCGUGGCACGUGAUCAAAACUGCCGCUGCAGAGAAUAAACACGAAUUAGUGUUGUCAGGUUCGGCAAUUUCUGAAUUGAUUCAAAAAAGAGGGUUUGACAACUCUUUGUUUAACCUACAGCACUUAAAUUAUUUGAAUAUCACGCUGACAUGUUUACAAGAAAUGCCAGAGGAAAUAGGAAAGUUACAAAAUCUGACAACUCUAGUAUUGCAUUCGAACGAGAUAUCAAAGAUACCUGAUACAAUCAAGAAAUUAGGAAAAUUAAAAGUUCUCGAUUGCUCUGGGAACAAAUUGACGUCUUUGCCGAAUGAAAUCGGUAAACUUCCGCAAUUAACAACUAUGAACUUCAGUUCGAAUCUUCUGAGAUCCUUACCUACGCAAAUUGGAAAUAUUAAGUUAACUAUAUUGAACCUUUCGAACAAUCAGUUUGAAGCCUUUCCUGAUGUAUGCUAUCCAGAAUUGAUUCAUCUCACUGAAAUCUAUGUUAAUGGAAAUCAAAUAAAAGAAAUUCCUGCAGCUAUAAAUCAACUUGUAUCCUUAAAAAUAAUAAAUGUUGCAGACAAUUUGAUAUCAGUCAUUCCGGGUGAAAUAGCUGACUGUAACAAGUUAAAAGAACUUUAUUUAAAAGGAAAUACAUUGACGGACAAAAGAUUAUCAAAGUUAGUUGACCAGUGCCAUAAUAAGCAAAUAAUAGAAUAUGUUAAGUUACAUUGCCUUAGACAAGAUGGUUCUGUUGCUUUGAAUGCCAAAUCAAAGAAAGGGAAGAAAGUACAAAAAUUAUCAGAAACUGAAAAUAAUGCUAACAUAAUGGAAAUUUUAACACAUAAAUUGAAAGUAUUAAAAGUAACAAAUGAUACACCAUUAAUUAAGAUUACAAAAUAUGUGAAAAAUAUUAGACCCUAUAUCGCAGCUUGUAUUGUUAGAAAUAUAAGCUUCACAGAGGAUACUUUCAAGAAAUUUAUCCAACUUCAAACUAAAUUACAUGAUGGUAUAUGUGAAAGAAGAAACGCAGCUACUAUUGCUACACAUGAUUUAAAAUUAAUUAUCCCUGGAGACUUAACGUACACAGCAAAACCACCAAAUGAAUUAGAAAUCAAGCCACUAAUGCGUAAUAAGAUUUACACUGGUUCUGCAUUGUUUCAACAGUUACAAACUGAAGCUGAUAAUUUACGAAAAGAAAAGAAACGCAAUGUAUAUUCUGGCAUUCACAAGUAUCUUUAUUUAUUAGAAGGUAAACCUAUGUUUCCCUGUUUAUUAAAUGCCUCAGAACAAGUUAUAUCGUUCCCACCAAUAACAAAUAGCGAUAUUACAAAAAUGUCAAUAAAUACUCAAGCAAUGUUAAUAGAAGUAACCAGUGCUUUAUCAUAUCAGAUUUGCAGAAAUGUAUUAGAUCAGUUUUUAAAGGAACUAAUCACCCUUGGCUUGGGAUGUCUCUCAGAACAAGAGAAUGCUUCAAACUAUAAUAAAUUAUUCAUAGAGCAAGUAAAAGUGGUAGAUAUGGAAGGUAAUAUGAAACUGCUAUAUCCUUCAAGAGCAGAUCUCAAUUUUGCAGAAAAUUUCAUAACUGUAUUGCGUGAAUAAUAAAUAACUGUAAGCAAUUUAA